AUGCCUCCCAGACAAAGACGGCGGCGCCCGGCCGACGAGGAGGAGUCAGAUGAGGAUUCGCGUCCAAGACAGCGGCGGAAUCGUGACCUGUCCGAUGAUAACCCCGAAGACGACUCCGACGAGCCCAUGGAUGCGGACGGUGACCGAAGUCAAAACGCAGACAAUCAGCUGGCUAAGAAGCUGAUCCGAUAUGCCAUUUCUUGCGAGUACUCACGGACGGCCAUACGACGAGACGGGAUCAAGGAGAGAGUUCUCGGCAACCAGGGGCGUGCGUUCAAACGGAUCUUUGCAUUGGCACAGAAGCAGCUGAGAAGUAUCUGGGGCAUGGAGCUCCGUGAGCUCCCCGUCCGAGAAAAGAUGUCUUUGCAAGAAAAGCGGCAAGCGAUGAAGUCAAAUUCGCAGCCGAAAACGGGUUCCGGCGCCUACAUCCUCUGCUCAACACUUCCUGACGCCUAUCGCAGCGCAGCCAUCCUGAAGCCGUCCAAGACCCCCAGUCCGGACGAAGAGUCCACAUAUGCAGCAUUCUACACUCUAGUCGUGGCCCUGAUAUGGUUGAACGCAGGCGAGCUUAGUGAGCAGAAGCUGAAGCGAUAUCUGCUGCGGCUGAAUGCGGACCAAAACGUCUCAAACGAGAAGACUGAAGAUACACUGAAGAAGAUGGAACGACACGGGUACGUGGUGAAGAAGGUGGAGAGGCCGCCCAUAGGUCAAGACGGUGACCAUACCAUAACGUGGCACGUCGGUCCACGUGCCAAGGAAGAGGUCGGACUUGACGGCGUCAUGGGCAUGGUGCGCGAGGUCUACGGCGAGUGGGACCCAGACCUGGAGAAGAAGAUGCGGUCGAGUCUUGGCCUCAAGGCCAGAGCGGCAGCGGCGGCAGCGGCGGCAGAAGCCGCGGACGAAGAGGCAGCCGAGAGUGCUGGCAAUGACUGA